UGGCUUUUGAUUGGCUAUCCUACUGCACCCUCUUCAAAAUGGCGGCUACAGUUCAAAGAGUUGUAAAUAUCGCCAGAGAAAAUGGAUUUUGACAUUGUUUUUCUUUCCUUGAUGGUCAUUAUUGAAGUCUGUUGAGUGGAGAGGAAUAUGAAAACUUUGUGAAAAGCGUGGAUGGGUAGCAGCCAAGAAAUUUCUUUAAAUUAGUAAUUGCCAGUGAACCUAAAUGCUAGAAGAAAGGAUGGCAGCAAGUAUGGAGACUACCUCACGUCCUCGCAAGAGACGGAUUGGUCUUGUUAUGGAGGACGAUGACCUCUCCUGGAGCUUCCAGCCGGAAACCAAGAAACUCUGUACUGGUGACACCAGUCCCCAGGACGAAGUUGUGUGCAAUAUUGUGGUGAAGCAGAUGCCUCCAGAAAAAGCUGGAGAGAUUCCGGCAACAAUUGAUGAGUUUCAAUGCCAGAUACUUGGAUGUAGGAAAUAUUUCAACAGCAUCACAGCCUUUGAAACACACUACAAUGCUGUGCACCGUAAUGUGUGUGCAGUCUGCAAGAGGUCGCUGCCAUCAGCCUACCUACUGGACAUACACCUGUUGGAGUGGCAUGACUCCCUGUUUGAAUUGAUGAGUGAGAGACAAAAUAUGUACCAGUGCCUGCUGGAAAUCUGUCCUGACACCUUCCGCAAUGCUCACGACAGGAGAAGACAUAUGGUGCAAGUACACAAGUAUCCACCCAGUUUCAAGUUUGAUAAACCUAGGAAAAAGGACAGAAAUGCCCAUGAUGAUAAGGCCGGUGCAAAGAAAAACCCAUCUUCCCAUGCCAAGUCUGAGGAUACCAGGGCAGAUGAUGCCAUGGACAUAGCAGCACCUGCUGAAGCUGCAGCUGUCAUGGAAUCAGCACCUGCAGUGUCCGCAGGAACCACACAGUCAGCUGAUACCACUCACAGACAGUACAGAUUGCCCAGACAUAUAUGUUUUGGCAGAGGGGCUCCACGGGGAUUUGAGCACACUAGAUAUAAAAAGCCACCAAAGAAACAGGGAGCCAAAAAGCCAACACAGAAGCAGAACCACCGGGAACAGCCUGCUCCUGAAGCACAACAACCUGCAGAGGAGAUGGAGCAGGAAGCUACAAUGGAAAUGGAGGGGGUGCAGUAAGGAUCAUCUGCUUUCAUCUUGUAUGCUAUUUGACUGUAAACUAUUCACAGGAUUAUGAUGAGUGGACUGAUACUAAACACAUAAGUAUGGGGUGAAGGCUAAAUGCUAAACAUAUACGAGGGGUGAUCAAUAAGUUUUCGGCCUCACCAAGAAAUAAUAAGCAC